UCCCUUUCCUUAGUCAAGUUUUCCUUUGGUUCUUCCCUUUGCCUUCGCAUGUCACCUGAGCCUUGCAAAAAGUCGCCAGAAGGGGAAGAGAGAAUGGGCCAGUGCCCUUUGUCAACUCUGGACUUAUCUUCUGCCAAGAUAAACUUCUCCCUCCACAGCCCCAGGCAGUUUCAAGAUUGUGACAUAUGCCCGGCUGUGGAGAAGGAUGUCAACCUCUUCCUGACAGGAACCACUGAAGAAUAUGUUGAUUAUGUGGCAAGAUACCAACCAGACCCUUUUGUAUUGCAAAAUGGUGAAGAACUAAAGAAAUGUGUGGAUAGCAAAUUGUCGGAAGAGGACAAGCAGAACGUGCUUACUGGGCUGGUGAGUCUGGCUGUGUGUCUGCACCCCUGUGCUGCCUGGAGCUCCUUCUCCUCCCCACCACGACCCUCCCCGGGAGGGAAGAGAGCCGGGUGAAGGAGGAGACAGGAUGGGGCAGAUGCAGCAGUGCGGGGAAGGGCCAGGAAGGGAGACUCAACCCAGCCCUUGAGCUCCCAGGCUGGCACAGGCCGUCUGGCUCUGCGGAGCCCCCAGGAGCCUACAGGGUCUCCCGUCUCCACGGCACUACCUGACUC